UGCUCAUACCUAAUUUGAAUGGCAAGUUAUAUGUUGCGUUUGUGAUAAAGUGUGUCUUAAUACCCAAAACAUUAAUUGAACACGAUAAUUAAAACGUUAACCUUUGCAAGCGCUAAAAAUGUAAACUGCUAUCGCAUGGUGGCGUGGUGUCUACAACAACUCACGAACAUUACUUAUUAGUCACGACUUUUAAGUGUACCAGACGUUUUGAAGUUACUUUUGUGAAUCGAUAAAAAAUAUGGAGUUACAGAAGAAUGAAAUAGAUAGACUUAUUGAGGAAGCAGUGCCUAAAGCUAAAGUGAGUCUAGAAACAAUCCUGUUCGAGGCGAUCGGCCAGUUCGGGCGUUAUCAGCUGCGGAUGGUAAUGUUGACGGGGGUGCUGAGUGUCUUCGCCGCAUUCUCUGCUUUAGAAUAUGUAUUUACUACAGGAAGAAUCAACACCAGAUGUUUAAUUCCGGAGUGCGAAACCUCGGAAGGUGCAAUAUUUUCCCCGCCGUGGAUCUUGAACGCUGUGCCGGAGAUCGACGGCUCCGUCGACAGCUGCCGCCGCUUCAAGCCCGCUGGUACCACUACGAGGAACGACUCCUGCCCAGCUGAGUGGUUCAUCAGAAACGUUACGAUUGAAUGUUCUGAAUACUUGUACGAGAAUGUUAAUACCAUUGUUUAUGAUUAUGGUUUAGCAUGCGACGAGUGGCGCCGAUCGUUCUUGGGAGCGGUUCACACUUUCGGCGGACUCCUCGCCUUACCCCUCACGGGCUACAUCUCCGACAACUGGGGCCGCCGGCUCACGCUCGUCAUCAACGUCGCCAACACCGCCUGGCUGGGCUGCGUGCGCUACUGGUGCAGCGACUACUACGGGUUUCUGGUCGCUGAGCUGUUUAAAUCCACGCUGGGUGCCGGAGUUUUCUCUUGCGCAUAUGUCUUAGUAAUGGAAUUAGUCGGUCCCAAGCAUCGCGCAGUAGCUGGUGCAGUUGUAUGUACUUUUCUUGCUUGUGGACAUUCCCUACUAGGCGUCAUCGCAUGGGGUGUUCCCAAUUGGAGGAAUCUGAACCUAGUACUUUACGCCCCUCUUUUUCUAUUAAUUUCAUGCUACUGGCUCAUGUCGGAAUCUGUACGCUGGAACAUAACAAAGGGAAGGUAUAAAGAGGUUGAACAUUUCCUUAAAAAAGUAGCCCGAGUAAAUAAAAGGGUACUAACUGAAAGAUUUCUGCAAGAAUUAAAAGAAACUGUGGAUACAGAAGAAAAACUAAAAGCACGCGAAGAAGAAUACAAAAAGAAGGAGCCUUGGCUGAUCGCAGAAGUAUUUCAAAAUAUGGAGAUCUUAAAACGCUGCUGCAUUACACCGAUAUGGUGGAUAAGCUUCACCUUGAUCUACUACGGCUUGUCCGUUAGCUCAGUCAACAUGUCUGGGAGCCAAUACUUAAACUGGAUAUUGGUAUCUGUAUUAGAAAUACCAGGUUAUUGGGUGGCCGUGCUGCUGUUGGAUAGAAUUGGCAGAAAGCCUGUUAUCAUUGGCGCUUUUUGGACCUGUGCGGUUUGCCAACUGCUCUACAUAUUCCUACCUAAGCAUAUGCACGCUGCUGCUUUAUCAGUAUUUCUAAUCAGCAAGUUCAGCAUCGCGAUAGUGAUGAUGUCGCUGUACAUCUACACCGCAGAGAUGUUCCCGACCAAGCACAGGCACAGCUUGAUGGCUUUCGCCUCCAUGCUGGGCAGGAUCGGCUCCAUUGUGGCUCCGUUAACACCCGCGCUUGGGGCGUCAAUUUGGCAUGACUUCCCUUCAGCACUGUUCUGCGGGUUCGCGCUGGCGGCCGGCGCGCUGGUGCUGCUCGCGCCGGAGACGCUGGGCACCAAGCUGCCGGACACCAUGCAGGAGGCGGCCUCGAUCGGCGUCAGGGACAACAAGUGAUCUGUGAUAACUAGGAUUUUAACUAAUCUAACCACCUAACUAAGGAGUGAAUAAAAAAUUAAAAAGUGUUCAUUGUCUUAUGUAUUCGUAAAAAAUAUAAAUGCACUUAUCCUUAUUUUAAAUAAGAGGCCAAUUAAAUACAUUCUUUUCUGAUUGUUCCAGUUUGU